AUGCGACAAGAUGACACAGUAACAAAUCAGCAAGACGACAGACCAAGUGGACAAGACAACAUGACAAAUCGGCAAGUCAACAGAACAAGUAGACAAGACGACAGGACAAAUAGGCAAGAUGACAGACCAAGUGGACAAGACCACAUCAUGACAAAUCGGCAAGACAACAGAACAAGUAGACAAGGCAGCAUAGAAAAUAGACAUCGAGUUAUUUUUGACCUUAUACCGCUCCAUAGACAUCAUCUAUUCAUGCUUAUGACACAAGAUCAUCCUCCAAAUAUAAUUUUUACAUCGAAAAAUUUAAUCUUGAAAAACUAAGACAAUCCGAUCCAAUUUUUAUAAAAAUUAUGGAAUGAGAUACCACUAAGAGAUACAAUGUAUGUAAAAAAAUGCUUCAGCGAAAAUUAAUCAGUGUGCUCUUUGAAAUAUCAAAAGACAAUUUUUUAUGAUUACCUUGAUGAAACCAUGAUAACGCAAGAAAUAAAAUUGCAAAAUCCUUAACCUUAGCUUCUUUCACCGUUGCAUUGAACAAAUUUGUCUUUCUUGCUUUUGACUUUAUUACACAUAUUUUUUCUUUUCUUUUCUCUUUGCUUUUCACUUAUUAUCAGGUAAUAUCUGUUUUGGUGAUGUUAAUGUAAUUAAGAUAGGUUAAUCGGAGUGGCACGAUAGGAUCUGGUUUCAGUCAUGCAUUUUGUAUCAAUUGCUUUACAUAGAUCACAUCCAUGCUGGUCGUCUUGUUUGUUAUUAUGUCCUCUAAAAAGAACUCUCGCAAGCGUCUCUGUCCUGGUAGCAAAUUAGCUGCUCCUGCCCAUUUUGGCCUGUUGAAUAAGUUCUGCACCAGGCCAGGUAGAAAGGAAAGUGAGGACGGCGCUGAAGCCAUUGACACCGCUAAAGUGUCUCCGAUUAGUGCACAAUGCAACCCUGUCCAACCAACUGCUGAACUACUACAAGCAGUUAGAUUGCUCUCUAACCACUGAGAUAGGCAAAAUACUGCCGGAACGGACUGCUCUCAAAGACGAAAUUACACAUCUGGGCAAGGGAUCUCGCGAGUCCUCUCGCUGCAACAACGCCCGGCAUCACACUUCCAUCAGGUAAUAAUGAAUAAAUACAUAUACCAAGGCUUCUGAUGUUUCGCGCAGUCACGGAGCCACGAAAUUCAGGUAAAUCCGCGAAAUCCUGCGAAAUUCACAAAAACACGCAAAAUAUCGCAAAAUUCGGUAGAAAUCUUAUCAAAUGCAUGUCUGUACAGCAAUUUUGAAACUUGUCUCAGCUACUGGGGGUAUCUACUUGCCGUAAGCUCGCAAAUUUAUGAACAACAUUCCGAAACUACCAGGCGUAGAUUAUGUUGCGAAAAACUGGGCACUAGCCAUGAUGUUAAAGGCUUUGCCAUUGGUUCAUUUCUAGAGUGUAUUGUUGUUGAAAGAGCAAAUGAUGUCCUCUGUUAGAAAAACAUUAAAAACGCUGAUCUGAUCAGCGCAAAACCGAUCGAUUUCUUGCGAAAUUUGCCCUGAAAAUAACCACAAAAUCUGCCGUUUGUUUACCGAUUGCUUUCCGGCCAAGUUUACCCUGAGAAUUCCCGCCAAAUCGACCGAUUUUUCCGCGAUUUUGUCCCCAAAAAUCCAGCGAAAUUUGACUUUUUUUUCUGCGAAUUAUCAGAAGCCCUGAUAUACGUAGAUUUAAUCACUCUAUCGCCCCCACCAGCCACUACUACAGGCGAUGAGACCAACAAUAAAAAGCCGGCAACUAUUGAAUCUUUUGACCAUUGGCUCGAAGCUUGGUCCGCGCACGAAAAAACAUACUUAACAAAUCCAGCAAUGCGGAGCUUGCUCAAUAUCGCUGCAUUAUCCAAAAGGCUAACUGGAAAUUUCGCUGGAAGGCAGUUUACGAUUUUGACCUUUAAUUUCAAAUGAGUCUGUCCGGCACGACUAAACGGCUUGACCAAAUUGAUUCCACCCUAUACACCACUAUCCUCGAUUCCUCUGCAGUUCGUGCAGAGGGCACCUCCUGCCAACAUUGUAAGUCGGACCAUCAUCUGGUAUGAGAUUGUUCCUUUCGUACGUAACAAACGCUGGAGAGUAAAGAGUUGUCGAAAGCGAGCACCUCAGCAAUGUCUCAAUGGAAAUUUGCAAAGUGGUUCCAAAACAGCCUCGAAGGAUGCAAUUUGUACACGCAAAAAGCAUGUUAACAAGGAAAAGACUGUAAACGAGCCCAUGUUUGUAAGGCUUGUCGGAGGGACCACGCAAUUGGCCGACUGCAAACUCACUUCCAGUUCUUAACUCUCCAUUUAACCCUUCCACUUGGAGGACUUCCCUGCAUGAUUUCUUUGAUCUCUCAUUUAUUGACGAUUUAAUCAAUGAUAUCGAACAUCGCGAGCGUAUCGGGUACACUGACCCCAGAACUUCCCGCAUUUCGCCCGACCAUUUAUCGGCCAUAUGGAAUAUUACAUCCACUGCACUAGAACUUGAACGCGAGCUUGGUUUUGGAGGCAAGAUCGGUCCAUUUCUCACCCCUUCCGUCGAAAAAUUUGUCAGAUCACCGAUGGGCGCUAUUCCCAAAAAGCGCUCGAAACCCGUUAAAUGGUGUAUCAUUCACGAUCUUUGGUGGCCCGCGGGUCACUCAAUCAAUGAUUCCAUUCCUAAGGAUUUAUUUUCCUGCACCUACGACACCCUCGAUACUGCCAUUGCUCCUCUUAAGAGUUUCGGUCAAGGUGCUUUGAUGAGUAAACUUGACUUAUUGGACGCAUUCCGUCACAUCUUAGUUCACCCUGCUGACUGGCAACUCUUAGGCUCUUAA